GAUCUAGAUCUUCGAUGAGACACCAUGCCUGUUCAAAUAUCCCUUGGCACUUACUGGUGUAUCGAGUCAGAUACAUUUGGAUUUCGUAUCGAGCUCAAAGACAAACCUACAACCCACCGUGGGAUUCUGUCCACUAUCAGCUCAGUUUACGACCCACUUGGAGCGGUAUCGCCCGUCAUAUUAGUCGGUAAACAAAUACAACAAGCACUCUGUCGUCAAAACGUCAAUUGGGAUGACCCAGUGCCCGACGAGAUCCUGCCACAAUGGGAAAAAUGGCGAACAGAAUUGCCACUUCUAGAGAAACUUACAUUUCCCCGCUGUCACAAGCCCAAGAAUUUCGGUGAACCAGUGCGUGCCGAAAUCCACAGCUUCUCAGAUGCAAGCGACAACGGCAUCGGUCAAAUCUCAUAUCUGCGUAUGGUCAAUCACAGAGGCGAAGUUCACGUUAGCUUCCUCCUGGUCAAAUCUAGAGUCGCCUCGCUUAAAGCAAUUUCAAUACCUCGCCUUGAGUUGACAGCCGCCGUCAUCUCCGUCAGUGUAGCUACAAUGCUCAAGAGUGAACUUGACAUUGAGACCAUCAAGUGCUAUUACUACACCGACUCCGAGAUCGUAAUUGGUUACAUCAAUAAUGACGCACGACGCUUUCAUGUCUACGUUGGCAACCGUGUACAACAUAUCCGAGACCGCAGCUCUCCAGAAGACUGGUUUCAUGUACCAGGAAAAGAAAAUCCCGCCGACGAAGCUUCGCGUGGCCUAACUGCAAAGAAACUGCUGGAAAGCAACCGCUGGUUUAACGGACCACAGUUUCUAUGGCAACAAGACCCCCUUCCUCUUCAAUCACAGCCUGUGUAUACAUUACUGCCUUCCGAUAAUGAAGUAAGAAAAGAUCAAGCAUCUACGCUAGCAACAAAGAUCGAUAAAGUGAAUAUCAGACAAGUCUCGCCUGGAGUAUUGGAACCCGAUGGCUUCAACCACUUCUCCUCAUUUAACCGUCUCAAAAGAUGUAUCGUCCGCCUACAGAGAGCAAUUGAAAAACUAAGACCAAACAAGCAAAUGAAUUGGCGCCCAAAGGAUGGACCUCCCUUGGUAGCAGAGCUCUCCCAAGCCGAACGCAUGAUACUGAAAUCCCUUCAACGCCACCACUUUGAAUCAGAAACGAAGAUCCUCAGAAAUCUUGACGGCAGCGAAGACCAAUUUGAAGAUCGCCAGAAGGCACGAAACAGAAACAACACCGUCAAGCUGACCAGCAACCUUCACAAGCUCGACCCAUUCGUCGAUAAAGAUGGCCUACUAAGAGUCGGUGGACGCCUAAAGAGUUCAGCCUCUCCUUUGGAAAUCAAGCAUCCCUUGAUCAUGCCUAAAAACAGCCACGUUACUGUUCUCCUUAUACGCCAGUUUCAUCACGGGAAGCAGCAUCAUCAAGGAUAUGGCAUGACACAUAAUGCCAUCCGUCAAGCUGGAUAUUACAUCAUUAAUGGCCGUUCCAUGAUUUCCCACAUCAUCGCAAAAUGCGUUAUUUGUCGCAAGCUGAGAGGCCGCGUCCAAGACCAGAAGAUGUCAGACCUUCCUCCGGAACGCCUCACUCCAGCUCCUCCGUCUACCUACACCGGAAUGGACGUAUUCGGCCCCUUCUACAUCAAGGAAGGGCGAAAAGAGCUUAAACGAUGGGGUCUGAUGUUUACCCGCCUCGCCUCACGUGCUAUUCACCUAGAGAGCCUCAGCGCCAUGACAAAAGAUUCCUUCCUGAGCGCCCUUAGACGCUUCAUCGACCGUAGAGGGAAAGUACGCGAGCUAAGAUCCGACCAAGGCACAAACUUUGUCGGUGCAAAGAAUGAGCUCGCCGCUGCACUCAGUGAAGUAGAUCCAGCCCCGGUAAAGGAAUACCUGUCAGCCCAAGACUGCGACUGGAUCGAAUUCAACUUCAACGUUCCCCACGCUUCUCAUAUGGGAGGUGCUUGGGAACGCCAAAUUAAAACCACUAGAUCAGUCCUGACAUCGUUGUUAGGGACCUUACAAAUUCGACGGGAACCACCAGUUAUUGCUGUACAACUCAGAACCUACUAG